AUGUAUUUGCGUAGUCCAGGCACUUUGGUGAUCUAUUUGUCUGUGUGUCUGUGUGCGUGUUUUUUUGUUUUGUUUUGUUUUUUUUGCUCUAUUCGUAUACAUGUCAUUUUUCAUUGGUUUUAUGUUUGUUGUUGUUUUGGCCAAUUGAACGGCCCCUUCAACUUUAGUAAAGAAGCCAUGGAUUCCCUGGGAAACAGAGAGACACCGCAGGAGAGUGAGGGAAAUUCCCAGAGAGAGGCUUCUUCAAGAAGUUCACCGAAGUCAAGCGAUGUUCCGUACCAAGAAAAAAAGGAAUUCUGCACCUGGCGCAAGCAUGUGCGUGAUCUGUACCAGUACCUCGUCCACAUUGAUCUUGUGUGGGAAAGUCCUUCCGCGCGGUUGAUGCCGUAUAUGACUGCGAAAAACGGCCUGGCCACGCAGACCGUGUUGUGUUGUUCCAGAACUGGUGGCUUGGAGCAGCAGUACAUACAGUUACUAUCUGUGACGACACCGAAUACUGUCGAGUCGCUUGAUCGCACGUAUGACACUUACUGCGACGCAACUGGCGAGGUUGGUGGCUACGGGAUGGCGCCAAGUCAAGUAGACAUGAAAGUUGAGCGGCGCAUGUUACACGAUGGGGAUCCUUUAAUAGUGCGUUAUAUGCACGCCAAUCCGCUUAUCAUCGCAUCAGGUUCGAGUGAUGGCAAUGCGUACGUCUUUGAUUGGUCGCGUAUUUCGCUAAACAAGUUUCCCAAUGAUCCGGCUCGGCCCCGUGCUCCGCUUCCACCCAAUGAUCCGGCUCGGCCCCGUGCUCCGCUUCCACCCAAUGAACUCAGUUCAAACCCCACCGACGAGGAACGCAUGACGUACCACAGGCGAAUGCAGGCCUUGAAUGCGGUGGUGACGGAACAGGAUCGAUGGGACAAGCGAAGAGGGGAGGGACAACAUCUGCUGAAACUUUCUGGCGGAAGCGGUUCUUGUGAGGCACUUGACUGGAGUGUUACCUCCGAUGGGACGCUGGCGUCCGGUUCGGUUGGAGUUGUAUGCUACUGGCACGUGGGAAACACGGCGAAGGAUGAUGAUCGCACCCUCACGCCGUCCCAUACGUAUAAACUGGAGGAUGGUGAGGCUCGGGUGAGUGAAAUUUCCUUUUCUUGGAAGGAUCCCCAUGCGUUUGUGGUAUCGUGUGAAACUGGAACAGUUCUCUACGGCGAUGUAAGAACACCGGAUCUCAUGGAGCUGUUUUCACUGCCAAACGGAGUCACAUCGAUUUCUCUCUCGCCACUCGAUGGUAAUUCUUUCUUGGUUGGUGCAGAGAAUGGCGAGGUACUUUACUACGAUCUUCGUAAAAGCACAGAUGCUGUGAUGUUAUUUGGCCGUAUGCACAAUGGGCCGGUGUCUGUGGUCCAGUGGUGUCCGCACUCUCGACAUCUCUUCAGCAGUGGCGGUGGCGAUGGGAAGUGCUGCAUUUAUAAUGCCACGUCAAAUCGUUUGCUGUUUAAGCACGCGGGACACACCGAAAAUGUAACGGACCUCUCGUGGAAUUGGCAGGAGGGAUUUGAGGGUCACCUGAUCUCUGUGGAUAGCAACAGCGUGAUGCUCUGGAGGCCCAGGGACAUGUUUUUUGUCUCGUGA